AUGGAAGUGGUGGCUGCAUGGGUGCCAAAUAAGGGUUUAUAUCUGCCCCGCAAUAUAUUCCCCUUCCCUGAAAAGUUUUUGAAUUUCCAUGGAGCGGUGCUGAACGUAACUGCUCUGCCGUAUAGGCCUUUUUGGAUGGAAGAUAAGACUAUGACGGCAAACGGGACUUCCGUCAUUAAAUACGAUGGCACCGACUACCGGCUGCUGCUAACAGUGGCUGCCGCGCUCAACUUUACUGUCCAAUUUCUGCACAGCAAAUCUUGGGAUGAUGCAACGAAACAGGUAGGUGAACGUGUAUCGUUCAUUUGUCCAGUCUACCACAUAAUGAUGACUGUGAGAGCCGAGAGACAUGACUUCACCUACACCUAUGAAUUCUCGUAUUUCUCCUUUGCCAUGGCCAAACCCAGCCAGGAGCCUCAAUGGCAAAGUUUGUACUAUCCACUGACAGACCAAGUGUGGCUUACUGUCUUGGCCGCCCUCAUCUCUGUUCCAACUAUUUACAUUUUGAUUGAGUACGUGCAAGGGAAAAUGUGUGGACAGACAACUGGUGCUGGAGCUGUGUUCCAGGACAUGGCAGCAAUGCUGCUGGGCCAGACUCCUCACCGACUGUCCAGCCACCAUUCUAGCCGUGUCUUAAUGGCUGCCUGGAUCGUAUUCGCCUUAAUCGUUGGAGUGGCCUACCGCGGCAACCUGACAGCUUCCCUCACUCUGCCCAAGUUUCCCCCACGUCCAGAGACUCUCCCGCAGCUCGUCGAUACCGUAGAGAGGAUUACAGUACCACCUUUUGGGAUAAUUCACCUGAAAUAUUAUACGAAGUCCGAGUCUUCUCUAUUUAAUGCUCUCGCCAACCUCAUGAAGGUGGGCCCAAGUCUGAUGGAGGGACUGCGGGGAGCACUACAGCACAAUCGUGCUCACCUUGGGGGCAGGAGGUACCUGAAAUACCAGAUAGCUGACAAGUUCACUGGAAUGGACGGCAUUUCCCGCCUGUACGUGGGGCGUGAGACACUUUACCCAGGGGCCUCGGGCUGGCCCAUACCCCACGAUGCACCUUAUAAAGCCCAGCUGGACCACUGGAUCAUGGCUACAAUAGAAGCCGGGCUAUAUGAAAAGUGGAUGGCUGAUCUGCUAAGGGAGACGACACUGAAGAGCCGACAGAAACAAAGGAAACAUCAGAAUAAGCAACAAAACGAGAGAGAGAUACUGGAACAAGAAUCUAAGGCUCUCACAAUUAUCCACACUCAAGGCGCGUUCAUUCUUUUCCUCUUCGGUUUAUACGCGGCUUUUGUUGCUAUCAUUGGAGAAUUGCUGGUUUCUCGCGUUCCUUGUAAUGUGCAGUCAUCCAUUAAUAAAGACAGAGUACGGGGUAACUGA